CUUUGUCCCACUGUAUGUCUGACGGGGGGAGUCUCUGUUCCUCUGGCUGUUAGCGUUUGAUCAUGAACAGGUAACAACAUCUGAACACACAGUAGGUGCUGAUACCAAUGAAAAUGUUUCGGAGUCCGAGUCCUUUCGAUUGGUCCAGUGGUUAUGCUGAUUCACUGCAGUCAAAUGGCACAGCUGUUGAUGAAACCUCAUCAGAUUUGUCAAGUUUAUCCAGACCCAGUGCUAAAUCAAUAUACUUUCAGAGAAAGGAAUAUGCUGAAUCUAUUAACAGACACAUGCAGCAGUGUCAGUACAGAGUGGAGCAUCUGUUCACCUGUGAGUUAGACGGGCAGCAGGUGUGUAAUGUUGAUGACUGUGUGGAGAGACUGAAGUUUCUGGAUGCUACGGGUCGCCUGUGGGGUCAAGAUGUGAUUCUGGAGAUGCAAGAUGGAACGCUACUUCUCACAGACAUCGAAACCAAGGAUGUGUUGGAGUCAUGGCCAUUGAGCAGUGUUGUAGAGUUGAAGGCCGUGUUGGAUGACGGCAUUUAUGACUCGCUGUUGACUGUAUCUGUCCAAAAACGAGGCAGCCGCGUAACCAACGUCUUCCUGUUCCAGAGCGAAUCUCUCAGGGCAGAUUACUUGAAAAAAGACCUGGAACGCCUACUACGAAACAAAAAAGAUGAUCACAAACAGAGUAAUAUCAGCAAAGCCGGUCCGGGAACCUUCAUGCAAAGAAACUCUAAAAACGCCUCCCCACCUCCAGAGUUGAUUCUUCAAAAUCCUUCUCCAGAACAAUGGAGCGCUCCAGAUUAUGAUGAGACCCCUGUUCCAACUCCACCCCUCUCCAGAAAUAACUCCACCUAUAUGAGGGUGGAGCCUUUAACUCCUCCUCCUAAAGUAGAAGACAGGGCCCACAGACAUACCCCGCCUCCUCAGAGGCCAUACACUGAGAGAGAGAGGAAUAUUGACAUUCUGAAUCAUCUGAUUAAUGAUAUUGAAGCAUUUGUGGAAAGAUUAGCAGCUGUGGCUCCAAAAAUCAACAAAAAGAAAAAGAAGAAAAAGCACAAAGCUGUGAAGGGAAUGCCAACAGAUGAAGAGUUUAUAUUCUGUCUGCAGAAAGUCAAGAUGGCGUUUAAUCUGCUGGCUAAACUGCAGGGACAGAUUACUGACCCCAGUGCUUCAGACCUCACACACUGUCUGUUCUCUAUACUGGACAUGAUAGUGUGUCACUGCGCUGAAGAUCUCCCUCAGUCUGUAAUCGCUCCUCUCUUCGAACCGGAGUGUAUUGUGUUCUUGAGUGAAGAAGCUUCACCUGAUGAAGACAAACUCUGGCAGUCACUCGGAGACGCCUGGAACAUCCCCAGUACUAAAUGGCCAGAAGAUGAUGAAGACAUUCCUACAUUCACACCAGUAUUUGAUGAUGGCUGGGAGCCACAGGACAUCACAAACACUGAACCAACCAACACUAACAGUAACCGACCAAACAACACUAACACAACCAGCAGAGAACCAGUGACACGACCAUUUGACACUCGACAAAUGAGUAUGAAAUCACGACAGGAACAGCAACAAAGCCCAGAAGAGGAGUUACCAGCGAGCUACUUGCGAGCGUUAUUUGAUUUCGCUGCUCGUAAUGAGCGUGAACUCACUAUCAGUAAAGGUGAAGAACUACAGUUGUUGGACAUGUCUAAGCAGUGGUGGAAGGUAAAGAAUAAAAGAGGGCAGGUCGGUUAUGUGCCGAACAACAUGCUACAGUCUCCAGAUCAGCAGGAGAAAAGUGAAACUCCGUCUGCACCCGGACUCACCAGAAAAUCCCGUCCGGAUGAAGUCAAAGCCUGGCUGGAACACAAGGAGUUCAGUAAAAUUACGGUUCGUUGUUUAGGAGGUCUGAGUGGUUCCAUGUUGUUGGGAAUGACGCGUGAUGAACUGAAGACAGUUUGUCCGGAGGAGGGCGGUCGAGUUUUCAAUCAGCUGCAGAACGUCAAAUCUGCUCUCGCGAUGGCCAAAGAAGUGAGACCAAUGAUCUAAGAGAUGACAAACACAAACUACUAAUGGAUGAAGGAAAUAGUGUAUAAAUAACAUUUUGUGUCACUCAAAUAAUUUCCCCCUGUGUGUUAGUAUUUAUUCAUAAUCAGAGCUGCUAAUUCUCUAGUGUUUUGUAGAAAUGCACAAACACGCAGGAGCAACUGUAUACAUGCUUUAUUAAAAUCAACAAAAUAAUCUUAUCUGAUCAAUACUGCUGGGACAGAAAACUAGUGUCAUCUCAAUCAUUCACAAAAAACUAUAUUUUUGUAAUAACAGAAAAUAGCUGUGAUCCUUUGUUCUCAGUGUGGGAUCAUUUCAAACCUGUUUCAGUGUGUUGUAUGUCAUGCUUUGGUCUGUUUUUGGUCGUGCUAAUUUAAUAAAUCAUGCAUUUUUUCCCUCAA